CCAUGGCGACGUGGUGGGGGGCGGCCGUUGGUCCAGGGUCGCCAGGACGGAGGCCGCAGACGGUCUCGCCCCGGCCGGGGCUCAGCGAGCGGGGGGCGACUGUGCCCGAGGGGUGGCAUGGACCCCCAACCCCCAAACGGCCUCCCGCCUCCCCUCCCGAUGCCCCUCCCGAUGCUGCCGCUGCGCGGUGCGACCCCAGACCACCAGCUCGGGCGCUGGCUGGGAUGGGGGGUGUCGGGGGGGGGGGGUCCGUCCUGCGACCCCCCUCCCCGAGAUCUCCCGCUGCCUCCCUGACUCUCUCCCCUCCCUCAGGUGGACUGGAGAGCGAGGCCGGUGAUCAUGGUGGGCGAGGGGGCCAGGAGGAUGGAGGGGGGCGGUGUCGGAGUGGACCCAGGCCUCUGUUCCCGCCCCCGAGGUGCCGGGGAGCCCCAAGGCGGGCUGAGGGAGACCCCCCCAUCCCCCCUCCCCACCCAGAGAUUCCGGGGCCCCCCAAUGGAGGCACAGAGCAGACCUCCCCCGUCCUGAGGUUCCAAGGACCCCCCCCCCCCCAGGAAGGCAGAGCGCAGAUCCCACCCAACCCCGAGAUUCCAGGGAUCCCCAAAGGAAGCAGAGAACGGAUUCCCUCCCCCUCCCCACCCCGAGAUUCCGGGGACCCCCCCCCAAGGAAGGCAGAGAGCAGACCCCACCCCCUCCGCACCCCGAGUUUGGUGGGGGGGGGGGAAUCCUCCCACUGCCUCAGGGUGCCGGAGGGCAGGACCUCUGGGUCCCCAACGUCUCGGGCCCCUUCCCCACCUCCGUCCCCCCUCCAGCCUGCGGUCAGUCACACACUUUGCAGAAGAUGGGGGGGGGGGGCCAGCAGAGCUUGGAGGGGAAAUGGCCGUGGCAAGUGAGCCCGCAGCCGGACGGGAGACGCGUGUGCGGAGGCUCCCUGGUCAACAAGGGGUGGAUCCUCACGGCGGCCCACGGCCUCAACAGCUCGGAGGACGUCUCCCCCUAUUCGGUCCUCGCGGGAGAGCUGACCCCCUUCUCGGAGCCCGGCGACCCUUCCGCGUCCUCCGUGGAAAAGGCGGCGAUCCACCCCGACGGCUCCCGGGGCGGCUACCCACGGGCCGACCUGGCCCCGGUCAAGCUCCAGCCGGCCGUGCGGCUGUCUCCCCGGAGCCUGGCCGUCUGCCUGCAGAGGAGGAGGAAGGCCUCCUGUUGGGUGACUGGCUGGGGGCGCAUCUCCCAGGAGGGUGAGGGUCUCCCCCAGCCCCCCGGUAGGAGUCCACAGAUCCGCCCCCGCUGGGUGACCCGGUUUGAGUCGCUUCCCUUCUCCAGGCCUCCGUUCCCUCCCCCGGAAUAAGGGGACGAAGGCUGGGAGACCAACGGGGCGCGACCCGCGUCCAACGCGACGCGCCGGGAUCCUCCCCGGUGUCUAUCGCAGUGGUUCGCGCGCCGUAAACUCCGAACAGACGACGCCCGUUAUCAUCAUUAUGAUUUCCGGGGCCCCCGGCGCGCCGGGGGGCAGAGAUCCCACGAGGUCACGGUUUCGGUAUCCGCUCCACACGCCGUCGGCGCUUAAUAAGUGCCGUCGCUUCUACCGAUAGUAUUAUCAUGGAAUUCGUUAAGUGCUUACUAUGUGCCAAGCGCUAGAGUAAUCUGCGGGGCGGAUCCAAGCGCACUGGGUCGGACCCGGUCCCCGUCCCCCGUGGGGCUCACGGUCUC